CCGGCUGGUUACGCAGCGGCCGUGGGUCUCCGCCCGAGAGUAUGGCGGCUGGGAUCGCGCAGGAGAGCGGGGGAGAGACGGAGACAUGCCCGCCAUGGUGACCGGAGAAAACAAAGAGAACCGCGAGUUGCUCCGAGCAGGUGUCCGGACACUUUGACUUGUUGUUCCCGCGGAGGCCUCAGCGGCUGCGGUUCAUUGUCAGGUCGAAGCCCCAGCGUCCUUUCUCUCCCCCUCGAUGGAGCAAGUUGGUGAUAUAUUUUCUCUCCUGAUGCACAGAGAGGAGUGAGGCCAAGCAGAUGAGAACCGGGCCGGUCCACAUCCUCGGCCGAUCUUCUCCUCCGCCUCCCCCGGUGCACGUCAGGGACGAUCGCGGGACUCGGACGCUCGUACAGCGGUCAGUGUCCGGCCUGCGAGGGGUAAAUUCUACCAUGAGAACCGUGCUGGGGGCACCGAGUCUUUGUGCUCUGCCGUAGCCCAGCAGCAAGGCGACUCUUGGCACCUUCACGACUCGAUUUCAAACCCACGAUGCGCGAGUACAAGGUGGUGGUCCUGGGCAGCGGCGGGGUCGGGAAGUCCGCCCUCACCGUGCAGUUCGUCACCGGGACGUUCAUCGAGAAGUACGACCCCACCAUCGAGGAUUUCUACCGCAAGGAGAUCGAGGUGGACUCCUCGCCGUCGGUGCUGGAGAUCCUGGACACCGCCGGCACCGAGCAGUUCGCCUCCAUGCGGGACCUCUACAUCAAGAACGGCCAGGGGUUCAUCCUGGUCUACAGCCUGGUCAACCAGCAGAGCUUCCAGGACAUAAAGCCGAUGAGGGAUCAGAUCAUAAGAGUGAAAAGGUACGAGAAGGUCCCCGUCAUCCUGGUGGGGAACAAGGUGGACCUGGAGAGCGAGAGGGAGGUCUCGGCCAGCGAGGGCCAGGCGCUGGCCGAGGAGUGGGGCUGCCCGUUCCUGGAGACGUCGGCCAAGAGCAAAACCAUGGUGGACGAACUGUUCGCUGAGAUUGUUCGGCAGAUGGACUUUGCCGCCCAGCCGGACAAGGAUGACCCCUGCUGCUCCUCUUGCAAUAUACAAUAGCCCCGGGGGCCUCGAGGAAAAAAGGGCCAGGGAAAAGAAGUCUACUUAGAGGAAGCUACCGCGACAACGCAGCAGAGAGACACACACGCUCAGACAUGCACAUGCCAAUUAAACGGAAGUUGAAUCCAUGGUUGAACGCAAUGGAUGUUAACUCUACGGAGCAAACAAACUGCUGUGACAUGAUUAAUAAUGACGACAUGUGAGUAAUGAAUAUGUUUUGAAUGAGGAAUGCUGCAAGAGAAAUUGACAAGCAACAAAAAGGAAGAUGCCCUCGCCUUAUUUGACUCUCUUUAGUUGUCGGUUUUUACCCUUUCAUCAGCAAAGAAUCUCCUGUCAGGAUCUCUACACUUAAACAAUGUGAUAAGAAUGAUUUGGUUUUUGUUUUUUUCCCAAGGUUUCGUCUGUUUCGCACAAAACACCAACAUGCAUUUUUUUUUUUGUUACCAUGAGUAGCUACUGUAAACAGACCCCAUAACAGAUUUCUGGGAUGUUUUUCAAACACGGAGGAGUGUUUUUAAUUUGCAGUAUGUAAAAUUUAAGUUUCUAUUCAACAUAGGGCUGAACCAAAGAGGUGAAAUGAAAGCACCUCCACUGUCUUAUAUAUAUUUUUUCUUCCUCAGCCGUUUAAAAAAAAAGGAAUGGAGAGAAAAAGGUAGAUGGGUCAGUGUCUUUCUUGAAACAUUAAAUUCUUUCCUUUUUCUUCUCACUUUUGAGAUUUAAUAUUAGGACUCUAGGACGUCUCUUACAGCAGAUUGCAACAAAGAGGUCAUCUUGUCAGUGUUUGAUUCUCUCUACGGACGAACUCUCCAAACUCCUUUCACAGCAUUUAAAGUGAAGCUGCCAACACUUGCCAUACGUAACAUGUUUCUUUUUAUUUUUUCCUCCAUUGUCAGUCUAAACUGAGAUGCUCAAGUUGUUCAAAUCCAUAGUAAGAACUAGUGACGACGGAGGCCGUAUUCCUGAGAAUAAUAAAUGGUAGUGUAAAUAUUUUGUAUUGAAAGUGCCAGCUCCUGUGAAGACACUGACUCAACACGUGGAAUUGUCAACUGUAUGCAUGGCUAGUAAACAAAAACAAAAAAGGACUCUAAUCGUUUGAGAUUAACAUAGGCUGUGGAAAUGUGCAAACCAAACACAUACACGUCUGGAUCCGGACAUUGUCUCAACUGUACAUCCACGUUGCCGCGGGAACCUGACUCUCCCGUGUGACCAUUUUCAUUGUUGAUUUUAUAUUUUUUUAUGUGACCAUUUACUCUUUAUUCCCUCUCUGAAUGGUGACACUGUUACAUUUGACACCUAAACAAUAAAAGUGCGUUCAACACUCAA